CUCUCCCAGGUUUUUCGUUGGAAUAUACGUUGCACAUUUAUGGCGAUUCUGAGCGUGAGGGCAGACUUCUGCCAGGCUCAGCACAGCAUUUUCGCUGACAAGUGAGCUUGGAGGUUCUAUGUGCCAUAAUUAACAUUGCCUUGAAGACUCUGGACACCGAGACUGGCCUCAGAAAUAGUUGGCUUUUUUUUUUUUUAAACUGCAAGCAUAUUUCUUUUAAUGACUCCAGUAAAAUUAAGCAUCAAGUAAACAAAAGUGGAAAGUGACCCACACUUUUAACUUGUCUCACUAGUGCCUAAAUGUAGUAAAGGCUGCUUAAGUUUUAUAUGUAGUUGGAUUUUUUGGAGUCCGAAGGUAUCCAUCUGCAGAAAUUGAGGCCCAAGUUGAAUUGGGAUUCGAGUGGAUUCUAAAUAUUUCUGCUUGUCUUGAAGAGAGAAGCUUCAUAAGGAAUAAACAAGUUGAAUAGAGAAAACACUGAUUGAUAAUAGGCAUUUUAGUGGUCUUUUAAAUGUUUUCUGCUGUGAAACAUUUCAAGAUUUAUUGAUUUUUUUUUUUCCACUUUUCCCAUCACACGCACGCUCACACUUUUUAUUUGCCAUAAUGAACCGUCCAGCCCCUGUGGAGAUCUCCUAUGAGAACAUGCGUUUUCUGAUAACUCAUAACCCUACCAAUGCUACUCUCAACAAGUUCACAGAGGAACUUAAGAAGUAUGGAGUGACAACUUUGGUUCGAGUUUGUGAUGCUACAUAUGAUAAAGCUCCAGUUGAAAAAGAAGGAAUCCACGUUCUAGAUUGGCCAUUUGAUGAUGGAGCUCCACCCCCUAAUCAGAUAGUAGAUGAUUGGCUAAACCUGUUAAAAACCAAAUUUCGUGAAGAGCCAGGUUGCUGUGUUGCAGUGCAUUGUGUGGCAGGACUGGGAAGGGCGCCUGUGCUGGUUGCACUUGCUUUGAUUGAAUGUGGAAUGAAGUAUGAAGAUGCAGUUCAGUUUAUAAGACAAAAAAGAAGAGGAGCAUUUAAUUCCAAACAGCUGCUUUACUUGGAGAAAUACCGACCUAAGAUGCGAUUACGCUUCAGAGAUACCAAUGGGCAUUGCUGUGUUCAGUAAAAAGAAAUGUAAACGAAGGCUGACUUGAUUGUGGCAUUUAGAGGAAACUCUUGGUACCUGGAAAUGUGAAUCUGGAAUCUUACCUGUGUCAUCAAAGUAGUGAUGGAUUUAGUAGUCCUCAACCACUCUCCUAAUGAUUGGGGAAAAAAAAGAAAUCCCUCUAUAAAAUGAAUAAAAUGUUUAAGAAAAGAAAAAGAGAGAAAAAAAGGGAUUAAUUAAGUGAAGGAUGAUUUUGCUCCUGGUUUUGGAGUGAGUUUCUGCCAGGAUUGGAUUAUUUCAAAAUCUUUUGUCUUUUUAAACUUUUUCAAGAGAUCUCUAAGGAAAACCAGCAGAACAUUAGCCUGUGCAGAACCAUCUCUUUGGGGAGCACACUCUUCCAUUAUGCUUGGCACAUAGAUCUCCCUGUGGUGGGAUUUUAUUUUCUUUUGGGAGGGGGUAUAUUUUUUCCCCUCUUUUCCUUUCUCUUCUACUCUCCUUCCUUUCCCCUGAUACAAGUUGUAGAUGGAAUAGAAGAAGCCUUUGUUGCUGUAGAUGUGUGUGCAGUCUGGCAGCCUUAAGCCCACCUGGGCACUUUUAGAAAAAAACAAAAAACACCAAAAAAAAAAAAACAACAAAAAAAGCAGUGGCAUAUAUAUAUUAUAUGAUCCAGGUGGUUUUUAGUCUUUACUGAUGAGGGGGUGUUCAUGUUAGUUUCUUUUCCUCAAAAUCCUAUCUAACAUUAGGCAAAGUAGCCAACAGCCUUUUGUUUGGUUUUUAUUUUGCUAAAUUAGUGGGGAAACGGCAUUUGAGAGGAGUCUCUUCUCAAAUAACUUAGAUGAGAAUCACACUCUUCUCUUUCCCAACCACUGAAGCUAAGUGGAUAUCCCAGAAACUUGUCUUCUGAAAGAGAGGACUCUAGGCCAUCACUAAAGAUGUGUCCAGGCAUACUUUUACACCCUGUAGAAUUGUGGACUGUGGCAUUACUCUGAUCUUCUAAUGAUGUCAGAGAAUGCUGGUAGUUUAAACUUUUUAUUUUAGGACUUACUUGUACUCCGAAUUUUCAGGAGAGGUCAAAGGAGUAGCAGCAAAUUCAUAAUAUUUUGGACUUGAGAAAUGCUUGUAGUGGGUAUUUUCCAAACUGCCCCCUGUAUGUACAGUUCAGUUUAACCACGGAUUGCCUUGUUAUUACUAGGUUCUUUUUGAGAAAAAAAAAUUGAUGGUUUAAAACCAAUAAUGAUGCCUAGUGAGUACGUGUCCACAGGCUAUAACAGGGUAGAAGAAACAUGGAGCAACCUAAUGAGUAGCAAAGGGACUGUGUUGCUUUGUGAAGUGGUGUGGUAGCAGUUUUGCAGAUUCUUUGCUGGGUUUGAUAUGCUGAUCUAGAAAAGCUGUUUUUCUGCUCCUUUGUGGAAGGCAGUUAUAACCAGGCUGCAUUGACAAAGCAGGUAGAGGGUAACAUCAGAGGCUUGUGCACUGUUUUCGCCUAAAUAUUACAUACUCAAUAGUGCUCUGCUUCUAAAGCUCUGAAUACAGGCUUAGUUAGAGUAACCUUGUCCUGCUGGAAUUUGCUGUGCAGAGCCAUAAGCUUCCCAUUUUGUUAACAUCAGCUAGGCCAGUAGGAAUGGACCCAGGACCUUGUCUCACACUGAUGAUACCUCAGAUGUUGGCCGGCUAUGUGAACUGCCUAUUUCCUAUUGCCGGAGUUCUUUGAUUUUUAAUUAAACGCAAAUCUGUAGACUCUCUCCUUCCCCAUACCAGAAAACAAAACAAAAUGCUUUUGGAAAUUGUUUCUAGAAUUUUAAAAUAAAAAAUGAUGGUACUAUCCAAAUUCUUUAUUUCAGAACAUGACAAUAGAUUCCUUUUACAUAGACUCAAGAUCUAAGCAGCAUACCGCUAAGCUAAGAUAGACUGUUGACUCCAAGGGUUUUGAUCAAUAGUAUAACAAACCUUUUCCCUUUGACAUACUCUGAAUUUCGUUGUUUAGGGGGAGGGUGUGUGUGUGUGUGUGUGUGUGUGUGUGUGUGUGUGUGUGUGUGUGUGUGUGUGCAGUGUCCAGUAUCAGUGCCUGCCUGAGUUAGGAAAAUUACAUUCCUGGUUCUGUAUUGAGAAGGAUGUAUAAAGCAACAUGAAAUAUUAGCCCUUACUUUGUUUUAAAUUACAGACUAAUGUUAAUUGUUCUCAGAACUGGAUUUUUUUUCCUCAAAAUUAAAACAAUUUUUCUUUUGGAUUUAAUGAAGUAUUGCUAGCUGAAGCCAGUUUGACAUGGUGACAGAGAUGUCAGACUGAUAAAAGGUGUGCAGCCUGAUUUAAAACCAAACCCUGAACCCUUUUAAAGGACAAUAAAACAUAUUUUACACGCUC